GAAGAGGCAGCCUUUGUGAUAAAAAAUUUUAAAAAAUGGCAACUUUAGAUAGUGAAAAUAAGCUUAAAGGUCGUAAAGUGUCAUGGACAAAGUUGCAUCGUGUUGAUUCCCUCAACGUGGAGGCUGGAAAAGUUUCUUUGACUCCGUCAAGACACGCGUCAAAGGGUGAUUGGAAGACAUUACUGAGUUUAGCAUUUCAAUCAGUAGGAGUUAUCUAUGGAGACAUAGGGACUUCCCCUCUCUAUGUUUUUUCAAGUACUUUUACUGAAAAAAUUAAACACAAGGAUGACAUUUUAGGUGUAUUGUCCCUCAUCAUAUAUACCAUAAUCCUCAUACCUAUGACUAAGUAUGUCUUCACUGUCUUAUGGGCCAAUGACAAUGGCAAUGGAGGAUCAUUUGCAUUAUAUUCCUUAAUAUGUAGAUAUGCAAAAGUGAGUCUGAUCCCAAAUCAUGAGCCAGAAGAUAGAGAACUUUCACAUUAUGGUUUGGAAAUACCAUCAAAUCAAUUUAAAAGGGCUCAAAAAAUCAGACAUAAAUUGGAGAACAGUAUUUUUGCAAAAAUUGUUCUCGUUUUUUUUGCCAUUCUUGGAACAUCUAUGGUCAUUGGUGAUGGAGUUCUCACCCCUUGCAUCUCAGUUCUCUCUGCUGUAAGUGGGAUCAAGCCUCUAGGCCAAGAGUCGAUUAUGUAUAUUUCUGUUGCGAUUUUGGUGGCUCUCUUCUGUUUUCAACGUUUUGGUACGGAUAAAGUUGGAUACACAUUUGCUCCGGCUAUAAGCGUUUGGUUUUUAUUCAUAAGUGGCAUUGGUCUAUACAACUUGUUCACGUAUGAUAUAGGCGUUUUACGCGCCUUUAAUCCCAUGUACAUUCUUCACUACUUCAAAAGAAACGGUAAAAAUGGAUGGCUUUCUCUUGGCGGAGUUUUCCUUUGCAUUACAGGGUCUGAAGCUAUGUUUGCUGAUUUGGGUCACUUCAGUGUGCGAUCCAUUCAAAUAAGCUUUAGUUGCCUCGUAUUUCCAUCGAUCCUCUCUGCUUACAUUGGACAAGCUGCUUAUCUCUCAAAAAACCCUGGUGAUGUGGGAAAUGCUUUCUAUGCUUCAGUUCCAGUUGCACUUUACUGGCCAACAUUUGUAGUGGCUGUUGUAGCUGCCAUUAUUGCGAGUCAAGCGAUGAUAUCUGGAGCUUUUUCAAUUGUAGCUCAGGCACAUAGUCAAGGUUGUUUCCCAAGGGUGAAAGUAGUUCACACAUCUGAAAAACAUGAGGGUCAAGUUUACAUCCCGGAACUCAACUACUUCCUCAUGAUUGCUUGUGUUUUAGUUACUCUCAGCUUCAAAACAACCGAAAAAUUGGGACAUGCUUAUGGUAUUGCUGUGGUUAGUGCUGAAAUCAUAACAACACAUAUGGUUACAUUAGUUAUGCUUGUUAUAUGGAAAAUCAGCAUAUGGCGUAUCGCCCUGUUCUACUCUGUCUAUUUAACCAUAGAAUCAACAUAUCUAUCAGCUCAGCUCACAAAAUUCGUGGAUGGUGGAUAUCUACCCUUGACCUUCGCGAUUGUGUUUGUGAUCAUCAUGGGGAUUUGGCACUAUGUUCAGAAACAAAGAUAUCAUUUCGAGCUCAAUAACAAGGUCUCGAGUGACUACAUAAGGGACUUGGCCAGUAAUCCAGACAUCAAAAGAAUACCAGGAAUUGGACUACUAUACUCUGAAUUAGUACAGGGGAUUCCACCAAUAUUUCCUCACUUUGUCUCCAAUAUUCCAUCUCUCCACUCUAUCAUCGUUCUCGUGUCAAUUAAAUCCAUUCCUAUAAGUAAAGUAGCACUCGAGGAACGUUUCUUGUUCAGACAUGUUGAGCCUAGGGAAUACAAAGUGUUUCGAUGUGUCGUUAGGUUGGGCUACAAUGAUCAAAUUAGGAAACCAGAGGACUUUGAAAACCAGUUGAUCCAAUAUUUGAAAGAGUUCAUACAACAGGAAAAUUAUAUUCUUGCAGCACAUAAUGAUCAAGUUGCAGAUAAGGAAAUUGAAACUGAAACACCGGUAUCAGGCCAACAACAAGUAGAAUCAUCGUCAACUGUGGUCCACCUAGAGGAAGAGCUGCAACAACAAGUAGAAUCAAGAGUAUCAUCACCAACUGGUUCGAUUCGAUCAAUUAACACUCCAUCAGGUCAGUCUAAUCAUUCAUCAACUCGAAUACAAAUUGUGCCACCAAGUUUGGUGGACACAGAAGAAGAGAUGCAAUUUGUGGAAAAGGCUAAAGAGCAAGGGGUGUUCUAUCUGUUGGGAGAAGCAGAAGUUGUGACGAAACAAGAUUCGUCGUUCUUGAAGAAAUUUGCUGUCAACUAUGCCUACACUUUCUUGCGCAAGAACUUCAGACAAGGUGACAAAAUGAUGGCUAUUCCCAAGACUAGGCUUCUAAGGGUUGGCAUGACUUGUGAAUUAUAA